AUGAACUCCAACAGAGCCGCUGCCAAUGGCAAUCAUGCUAUCGUCGAUUACCCUAGCGGCCCAGUCGCAAAGGCAAAGAAGACUAAGCCAGUCAAGCAUGGCGGCUUGAUGCAACUGUACCGUGCCUCUCGUCGGCCUCUCCCCAGUGAGAUGGGAGAUGGCACCUACAAAAAGGUUGUCAACAGGCCGACUCUGAUGCAGGAUCUGAGCACAAUCACUUUCGCAGACCUAAAGACGCUCAAGGCAAUUAUCCUUUCGAAGCUAAAGGGCGAAACGCAAAGCGAUGACAAGACAAUGAUCAUGGAGAAGACCAUCCAAUUGGUAGCUGCGCUGCCCAAUGGCUCUAAGCGACAAGAGGUACUCACCAAUAUGUUCAUCGACGAGCUAUGGUAUUCGCUUGAUCAUCCUCCAUUGUUGUACAUGGGAGACGAGUUUCGUUUCCGCCAGGCUGAUGGAUCCAACAAUAAUCCUCUCAUGCCCAAACUUGGCGCAGCUGGGACUCCUUACUCACGCUCAGUCAGACCCGGAGUCGUGCCACUGGGGGCUCUGCCGGAUCCUGAAGCUAUCUACGAAUCUCUAAUGGCCAGGGACAAGUUCAUCAAGAACCCUAACAACGUCUCGAGCAUUCUCUGGUACUGGGCCACUAUCAUCAUUCAUGACUUGUUCUGGACCAACGAAAGAGAUGCCAAUAUCAACGAUUCGUCGUCGUACCUCGAUUUGGCUCCCCUGUACGGCCAUAGCCAAGAUGCUCAGAAUACUGUCCGCACGUUCAAGGACGGUAUGUUGAAGCCGGAUACUUUCGCCGAUAAGCGACUUCUUGGUAUGCCUCCUGGUGUCUGCGUGAUUCUCAUCAUGUUCAACCGCUUCCACAACUACAUCGCCGCAAACCUGGCCGCUAUCAACGAAGGCAACAGGUUUGCCAAGCCUUCCUCUGACCUACAGGGAGAUGCUGCGACUGCAGCUUGGAAGAAGUACGAUGAAGAGCUAUUCCAGACCGCUCGUCUGGUGACUUCUGGUUUGUACAUUAACAUUACUCUUGUUGACUACGUGCGAAAUAUUAUCAACUUGAACCGUGUUGAUACCGAGUGGACUUUGGAUCCUCGCCAGGAGGCCGGCACAGAUGUUGGCACUACCAAGGGCUCUGAACGAGGUGUCGGAAACAGCGUCUCUGCCGAGUUCAACAUCUGCUAUCGCUGGCACUCUUGCAUCUCCGAAAUGGACGAUCAGUGGAUGCACCACUUCUAUGACGAGCUUUUGGGCGAGAACUAUGGCACCAUGGACAUGCGCAUGUUCAUGACUGCCGUCCGCAAGUUCGCUAUGAGCAUGAACAAGGAUCCCGCCGACUGCGUGUUUGGCGGAUACACUCGUGGUCCCGAUGGACGUUUUGAUGAUGACGAUCUCGUCGACUGCAUCUCCACAGCUAUUGAGCAGCCAGGAGGCUCAUUCGGCGCUCGCAACAUCCCUCGUAUCAUGAAGCCUGUAGAGAUGUUGGGCAUCAUCCGCGGCCGAAAGUGGAAUCUUGCGGGCUUGAACGAGUUCCGUAAGCACUUUGGUCUCAAGGCCUACGAGACCUUUGAGGAGAUCAACUCUGAUCCUCAGGUUGCUGACGCUCUGCGCAACUUGUACCAGCAUCCUGAUUACGUUGAGCUCUAUCCUGGCAUGGUUGCCGAGGAGGCCAAGACGCCAAUGGUGCCUGGUGUCGGUAUCGCUCCCACUUACACCAUUUCCCGAGUCGUCUUGUCCGACGCCGUCUCGCUUGUGCGUGGUGACAGACACUACACCACCGACUAUAACCCCAAGUAUCUCACUCACUGGGGUUACAAGGAGGUCGCCUAUGAUCUCAAGGUCAACCACGGCUGCGUUUUCUACAAGUUGUUCAUCCGGGCCUUCCCCAACCACUUCAAGCAAGAUUCUGUAUACGCCCACUAUCCCAUGGUCAUCCCUCAGGAGAACCGCAAGAUCCUGACCAGCCUGAACCGUGUUCACCGCUUCAGCUUUGAGCGCCCAAGAGCUGCUGCUCCUCGCGUUGAGGUCACAUCCUUUGGUGGCUUCAAUCACGUCUUCUCCAAUACCGACAAGUACAAUGUUCAGUGGCAGCAAGGUCUUGAGAUUCUUACUGGCCGCAGCGGCCGGUACAUGCAGGCCAGCGACCGCAAGACGCUCGAGUCUCUUCUCUACAAGGGCGAUUGGAAGAAUGUCGUCAAGGCUUUCUACGCAAAGACGGCGGAGAAGCUCUUGGCAGAGAAGUCGUACACUAUCAUGGGCAAGAAGCACAUCGACGUUGUUCGUGACCUUGGCAACACGGCUCACACUCACUACGCUGCCCAGAUCUUCAACAUUCCUCUCAAGACUCAGGAGAACCCCAAGGGUGUCUUCUCUGAGCAAGAGCUGUAUGCCGCUUUGGCUGCCAUUUUCACCACCCUCUUCCUUGACGUUGAUCCCGUUAAAUCUUUCCCUCUUCGCCAGAAGACCAAGGAGAUUGCCGAUGCGCUCGGCGCGUCAAUUGAGACGACUGUCAAGUACACCAAGUCUCUUGGUCUGCGUCUGUUCACAGGCAAUACCAAGAAUGACCCGCUGUCCACCGCCGGUGUCAAUGCUGUCAAGGGUCUGGCCAAGUCUGGCCUGGAUGCUCAUGAUAUUGCGUGGGGUUUGAUUCUCCCUACCGCUGCUGCCGCUGUGCCGUCACAAGGUCGUCUGUUUGCCCAAGCCCUUGACUGGUAUCUCUCCACUGAAGGCGCCCCAUACGUCAACGAUAUCCACACCUUGGCCAACCAGGAGCCCAGCCCUGAGGUUGACUCUCUCCUCCUCGGUUUCGCCAUGGAGGGUGUCCGUAUGGCUGGUGCCUUCAGCCUACACCAAGUUUCUACCGGCACCGACACCAUCACUGAAGAUGACGGACGCAAGGUCAAGGUCAACCAAGGUGACAAGGUCUUUGUCUCCUUUGUAUCUGGCGCUCGUGACCCUCACCAGUUCCCCAACCCUGAAACUGUCGACCCUCGCCGUCCUCUAGAGUCUUACAUACAGUUCGGCGCCGGAACGCACACUGCCGUUGGUAACGAAGUCAGCCAGAUUGCACUGGUGGAGCUCUUCCGAGCCAUCUUCAAGAAGCAAGGCUUGAAGAAGGUUGUGGGACCUCAGGGUGAGCUGAAGAAAGUUGCUAGGCAAGGUGGCCUUAGCGAGUACCUCACUGAGGAUUGGGGCACUCUUUCGCCUUUCCCUCUUUCCAUGAAAGUUACUUGGAAUAAUUAG